AAGAUGAUCCCUUGUGGAACAGGUUUAGCUAUGUCAGUCACAAUGCUAUGGCGUUACUCCAAGUAAAACUGGUCACCCUUGAGGAUCAUGCGUUCUACACCUGCACUCAUGACCUUUAACUUGGAAGGGCUCAGCGGCAGGAUCUCAGAGACCAUCAACGGUUUGGUGAACGUGGAGUAUUGCCUGGAGCCCAAAGUGGUUGAACCUGCCAAUGAGAUCAUCAAAGCAGYUUUGGGUUCUUCCUUCAGUAAGAUGUGUCGGGUGUUUGUCCCGAGUGUGGGGAAUAAACAUUGUGCAAAUUUGAAUUGGAUAGCGCGAGAGAACUCAAUUUCCAAAAUUGUCUCAGAGCGCGUCUUUCAGGAAUCACAAAGGGGGAACUUGUCUGAAGAGAAGGAGGGUGUAUGGUUGGAGCGUAAUUUGAAUUUCUUGAUGGUGGAAGAGGAAGACUUUUACAUCAAUUACACAUGUAAGGUUUCCAGUGACAGAGGCAGUCCUUCAGCCUCCUUCACACUACAGCCUACAGAUCCGAACUAUCUGUUCCCUAUUGGGGUACUACUGACUAGUCUGGUAUUGGUGUUUACUGUUAGUGUUGUUAUUUACAUUGCUUCAAGAUCGGCAUCAUGCUGUCGCUCAGGAGGAUGUUCCCGCUUCUCCACACAAYCACAGACUCUGAUGGGAAGCUGUAUGAUUGCGUACGUGGCGUACCCCCGUGUGAAGAAAGACGAGGUGCCCAGAGAAGAACAACCUGUUGAACUUGUGAUUGGAUUGAUGGACUUUGGAGAGGACAGUGAUAGACAUAAGGAGGAAAUAUGUUGAAUGAAAGGACUUCUGAUACCAUGGAGAGUAUAAAUGUUGUAUCUGCCUCUCACAACACAUUUUCAUGAACAUUUAUUGAAUCAGACUUUGGAAGAUUGAUCCUCUGGGGUGAGAUUUAUUUUUGGCGGGAUGAUGAUUGAUCGUCCUGCCGAUGGAAAAUGCACAGUUAAGAGUGUAUUAAUUCUGACCAUAUUAGCAGAGCAACUCAAACACACACACAUGCACACACGCACAUACACACACAGACACACACACCACACACACAAUUUACCACCAUCAUGUACAUACACACCACAUCUGUGAGAGAGCUUUAAUAAAAAAUGCCUGGUACAUUUUA